GAGUUAAUUUAUUCAAAUUUAUCUGCAUUUGAGCGUUUCAUUUCAUUUUAAUUUGGAGACGUUAGACAAAGAGAAGUCUCAAAGUCUCUCUCUCUCUCUCUCUCUCUCUCUCUCUCGAUUGGAUCGGCGAUUUUCCCAACUGGAAAAAUGGUGAUCAAAACGCUUCGUUUCGGGCCUGCGUCGCGAUUUUCUUAUUGUUGUCUUAUCGUCUCCAAGGCAUUCUUCGCAUUAGAUAUUGGCGGCUGUUUAUACUUCUCAGAUCGGUGAAGAUUUUUAUUUUUUUUGUUCACAGUUUGUUUAUCCGUAGAUCGAUAGAGAGAUCUGUGAAGUUGAUGGAGUUAUUAAUCGUGGCUUAGCUUGUCUGUGUCUUCAGAAUCUGGAAAUCGGUGGAUUUCCAGGCAAUCGAAGUAUGUGUGGUGGACCGGAGCGGUUAAAGUCCACCUCGUCAUCGCCGUCUUCUCCUUCAUCCUCCGAAGAAAGCAAAACCCCCAUGAAAAGCAUGAAUCACCUGACUGUAGAAACCGAAGAUUCUUUUUCAAGUUUACUUGAGCUCGCGGCUAACAAUGACGUUGAAGGCUUCAAGCGUUCGUUGGAGCGUGAUGCCUCUGCUAUCGAUGAGAUUGGUCUUUGGUACGUCCGCCAGAAGGGCUCGAAGCAGAUAGUCCUUGAGCACAGAACUCCUUUGAUGGUUGCUGCAACUUAUGGUAGUAUCGAUGUCUUGAAGCUAAUCCUUGCUCUAUCCGAUGCUGAUAUAAAUCGUUCCUGUGGCCCGGAUAAGAGCACUGCUCUCCACUGUGCUGCCUCCGGCGGAUCUGUAAACGCUGUAGAUGUUGUGAAGCUGCUUUUGUUGGCCGGUGCAAACCCAAAUUCAGUGGAUGCCAAUGGCCACCGGCCUGCUGAUGUUAUUGUUGUAUCUCCUAAGCUCCCUAAUGUGAAGGCUGUGCUUGAGGAGCUCCUGGCGAGCAAUGGUUCUGAUGGUUCUUCUAUUGGAGAGCUCAAUCUGCGGGUUUCCACAAGCACAUCGAAUUCAAAUUCACCCCCUUUGUCAUCAUCCCCGGAGAAUGGAUCUCCGUCGUCUGCCUCAGACUCGACUUCAUCUCCCACGAUCAAGUUCAAUGAUCACCCUGUUUCUUCGGCAACGGAGAAAAAGGAAUACCCUAUUGAUCCAUCUCUACCUGAUAUCAAGAACAGCAUCUAUGCAACAGAUGAGUUCCGCAUGUUCUCCUUUAAGGUCCGCCCUUGUUCCCGAGCUUACUCUCAUGACUGGACCGAGUGUCCAUUCGUUCACCCAGGUGAGAACGCUCGCAGGAGAGACCCAAGGAAGUACCACUACAGCUGCGUUCCCUGCCCUGAUUUCCGAAAAGGGGCAUGUCGACGAGGGGAUUUGUGUGAAUACGCGCAUGGCGUUUUUGAGUGCUGGCUUCACCCGGCRCAGUACAGGACACGGCUGUGCAAGGAUGGCACAGGUUGCAUGCGGCGAGUCUGUUUCUUUGCUCACACAUCUGAGGAACUGCGCCCCUUGUAUGUCUCCACUGGCUCUGCCGUUCCUUCUCCCCGUUCAACUGCUUCAGCGGCCUCCGCCAUGGAGAUGGCUGCAGCCAUGAGCCUCUUGCCUGGUUCUCCCUCUUCGGUCUCUGUUAUGUCUCCUUCGCCCUUCACGCCACCCAUGUCCCCAUCUGCAAAUGGUAUUAACCAUUCAUCUUUGGCUUGGCCGCAGCCCAACGUCCCAACCUUGCAUCUCCCUGGAAGUAAUCUUCAAUCCAGUCGCCUGAGGUCGUCCCUCAAUGCAAGAGAUAUUCCAGCUGAGGACUUCAGCAUGUUGCAGGAUUUUGAAGCCCAGCAACAGCAACUCCUGAAUGAUUUGUCCUGCUUCUCUCAGCCACGUCUUAGUUCAUCCACUGUUAACAGAUCUGUUCGUUCCAAGACCCUGACCCCUUCAAACCUUGAGGAUCUCUUCACUGCUGAAAUCUCCUCGUCGCCCCGGUAUUCAGAUCAGGCAGCGUCAGCGGUCUUUUCCCCAUCUCACAAAUCAGCGGUUCUCAACCAGUUCCAGCAACAACAGAGCAUGCUAUCGCCGAUCAACACGAACGUUUUCUCUCCAAAAAACGUUGAUCAUUCAUUCUUACAAGCAUCCUUUGGUGUUCCAUCCCCGGGCAGGAUGUCACCUCGAAGCAUGGAACCUCUCUCUCCGAUGAGCUCUCGACUCUCUGCAUUUGCUCAGCGUGAGAAGCAGCAGCAGCAGCAGCUUCGUAGCCUCAGUUCACGAGAACUUGGAUCCAACACGACCGCUGUUGUGGGAUCUCCUGUAAAUUCCUGGACCAAGUGGGGAUCACCAAAUGGGAUGUUGGAUUGGGCGGUUAAUGGAGAUGAGCUGGGGCGGUUCAAGAGGUCGUCUUCUUUCGAGCUAGGAAACAAUGGAGAGGAGCCUGAUUUGUCGUGGGUUCAGUCAUUGGUGAAGGAAUCACCACCCGAGAUCAAGGAUAAGUUAGCCAUUCCAACCUCAGUUGCUGCAGCAGCAUCCUCCGCUGAGGUUUCAAAUUCCAAUUCUCAGGUUGAAGCCAUUGAUCACUCUGUUUUGGGAGCUUGGCUUGAACAGAUGCAGCUUGAUCAACUCGUGGCCUAGUAAAAUUAAAUUUUUACUAGGCUGUGAGGUAGUAAAGAGAAAAGUAAUCAAUUUUAGUAAAUAAUAUUUUUUUUGGGUUUGGUGGAGGGGUGUCAGGUAAGGGGGACUGAACAAGGGGAAGAAGGGGGAGAGUAAUAGAAAAAAGAAAAAAAAUUCAUUUUCACCAUUUAUUAAAAGCAGAAUCAAAGGGUGAAAAAAGAAAGCCUCUAUCUGGGUAAAAUAUUUCAAUGACCCAACCCAGAUUAGGUAAAUUUUUUCUCCCAAUAUUCGGAUUUUAGGUAUCCCUUUUUUUGUCAUUUUAACAUGUUUUUUAAUCUUAUUUAAAAGAGCUAUAUGUUUCAUUGAAAUGAAACAAAAAUGCUUCUGUUUGAUGUCUAUUUUCACUUAUUUCCCUUCAUUAAUUUAUUAUCUUUUGCAUUUAGUAACUUGGGUUGAACAACAUAAGGGGUGUUGGGGUUUUUAAUGGAGGCAAUUAAUGAAACAAAAAUGCUUCAUUAAUUUAUUAUCUUUUUUUGUCAUUUCCUGUUCUGGAGGGCUUUCAGUGUUUUGACCAGGUCUGUGUGGAAGGGGUCGCGUUGGAGUAUAAAUUGGCAUUAACUAAGGCGUCCAUAGUGGUCGCAGAGGGGAAAGAAGGCAUAUUAUCCUUUCUGAUGUAACAUUGAAUUGAAGUUCUAUUGUUAUUAUUUCAAUACCUUUAUUUUUUCCUUAA